AUGAAACCAAAUAUUGUUCAAUUUGGGAUCAAUUGCAACUAUUUACCAGAAGAAGGUAUUGGAGGAUUUUUCAAUGGUUUGUUCCCAAGAUUGUUAGGUGAUAUUGCUUGUCUUCUGUUUGCGAGUGCUGUUACAUUUAUCAUUAACAAACAUUUAGUACAGGAUAAGGAAACUCGCAGCUAUGUUGGAGCUAUUGCUACAUUUGUAACAAGCACAAUUAUGUACCCAUUCCAAGUUGUGUCAAAUUGUAUGACUCUUCAUGGAUCAAGAUUGGCUGCAAGUAAACCCCCUCACAUGCCUACUUUCAACAAUUGGCAAGAAUGUUGGGCUCACUUGAAACAACGUGGGGAGCUCAAACGUGGCUCAUCUUUACUGUGGCGUUUCUAUCGGCCCCCGAGUUACGAUGUAGGCGCACUGCCGCCAGCGCCUUCUCCUGAAUUUAGGAAACCUGGUUACAGGCACUAAACAAACGUGGCCAAAAGAUAAAUAAGACUUUUUAAGA